AUGGCUCUAUCCACAAUGAUCUACAAUCAUCUUCCCACCACACAAUAUUCCACCAUGACCAGGAUUUCUGUAGUCCAUGCCCAUCAACAAGCUCUUCUGGAUCCCCCAAAAACAAAACCAUCAAAUCCGGCAUCACGCCUCGCCGAAUCGCUCUCACAUCUCCUCCACCUCCAUCUUGAAACCCCUCCUCGGACGGAGCUUCACCAAUCCAUUUGGGACUCUUUUAGUGAAGAGAAACACUCCACUCCCACAACUUCUCCCAAGGAGGUGAUAGCGCACAAGUGGCGUGAGAUCCACCGUUCUUCAGAUUGGGACAAUCUUUUGGAUCCUCUUUCUCCUUGGCUCCGACGAGAGGUUGUCAAAUAUGGAGAAUUCGCACAAGCGACAUACGACGCUUUUGAUUUUGAUUCUUUCUCCGAAUAUUGCGGGAGCUGCUGCUACAACCGUAAAAACUUGUUUGAGAAACUAGGCCUCACUAGAAAUGGCUACAAAGUCACCAACUAUAUUUAUGCCAUGUCCCACAUAGAUAUGCCUCAGUGGCUGGAGAGGUCACAUUUGGUCAACAAGUGGAGCAAAGAUUCGAACUGGAUGGGCUAUGUGGCGGUCAGCGAUGAUGAGGAGUCACGUAGGAUCGGAAGGAGAGACAUUGUGGUGGCGUGGCGUGGAACCGUGGCGCCCUCGGAGUGGUACGAGGAUAUGCAAAGGAAGUUAGAGACAUUUGGGAAGAGGGAUGCCAAAGUUGAACAUGGGUUUCAUAGUCUUUACACUAGUAAGAAUGAAUCUACUAGGUACAACAAAACAAGCGCCUCAGAGCAAGUGAUGAAAGAAGUGACAAGGCUUGUUGAAUUGUACAGGAAAAAAGGUGAACAAGUUAGCCUUACAAUCACCGGUCAUAGCUUGGGUGGCGCACUGGCUCUCCUCAAUGCUCACGAAGCCGCAUCAACCAUGCCCAACCUUCCCGUCAGUGUGAUUUCCUUCGGUGCGCCGAGGGUCGGCAACGUGGCUUUUCGCGAUGAGCUUCAACAGCUGGGAGUUAAGACAUUGAGGGUGGUGGUUAAGCAAGACAUGGUCCCUCGAAUGCCGGGACUUGUAUUCAACGAGGGUUUACAAAAAAAAUUUGAUGAUAUCACGGGGACAUUAGAAUGGGUAUACACCCAUGUUGGAGCUGAAUUGAAGCUCGAUGUUCGUUCAUCGCCUUACCUCAAACGAGGAUUGGAUUUGGCAGGGUUCCAUAGCCUCGAGACAUACCUUCAUCUUGUCGAUGGGUUUCAUAGUACUAGCACAACAUUUAGGUCUGAUGCGAGGAGGGAUGUUGCCUUAGUGAACAAGGCAUGUGACAUGUUGGUUGAUGAGCUUAGGAUCCCACGUUGUUGGUAUCAAUUGGCCAACAAGGGAUUAGUUUGUAAUGCUCAUGGAAGAUGGGUGAAACCAAAGAGAGAUCCUGAAGACAUACCUUCACCUACUAGGGAGGAAAGUGUUCAUACUUUUGUAGAUAGAAUGCAAACACAAGAUGUACUUGAAUCUGUACUAUGUGCCGUAUAA